AUUGUUGAAGUCAAGAACCUUGGAUCUAAUCCACUCAUGUGAAUAUCUCUUUCAUGCUUUUCUCUUUUAAUAUUGUACAUGCUUGUUUAGUACUUAAUUGCAUUUGCAAAUCUCAAUUAUUGCAUUAAUAUUCAGGCUUAUAAUCCGACGGAUGAUCCAUUAUCUUUAAUAUAUAUAAUAAUCAUUGUACUCUGAUAGAUUGCAAGGCUACUAGCUUCUUUUACACGGAACCACUUAUCAUAUUCCAUAGUAUUAGGCCUAAUCUUUGGAACGUAUGCAUUACUUGUGAAAGACUUCUACAUAUUCUUUAUUUACAUUAAGACAUUAAAUUGUUUGCUGAGAAGGAAACCACUAGUAGCCUACGAGAGAAGGGAAGGAAGAAUUUGUGGGUUAGGCUUGUUAAGUUGUUCUAAGACAGAAACAAAGUAUUUAGUGGAAAUUUAGUAUCAUUUGAUGGAUAAUGUUUUCUGGUUGAUGGCUUCAGCUCUCUGUGAUUAUCCUUGCACAGUUCCUACCAGUGAAAAUCUGCACAGCUCUUUUGAAAUAAGCAAGACAGAAGAGAUUACUCCACCCAAUACUUCACCAGUUCUGGAAAUCCCCGUCUCUUCUUCCUCAUCACAGAGUAGCAUUCCUGCUCCGCCCCCCUUACCUAGAUCAACCAUUCCAAAAAGAAGGUAUCGAGAGAAAACGUUAGAAUGUUGCUGCAUUUCGAAAGAGACAAGAGACCUAUGGGAUAAACUCUUCAAAGAAGGUUAUGAGGCUGAUGUUUAUCUCAUUACUGAAGAUGAUGCAAUGGUUCCUGCACAUUUCUGUGUUCUGAGUAUUGCAUCACCUGUUCUAGGGAAGUACCUUCAGGAUUCAAAACCUAAGAAUGGUGUACGAUACGUCAAGAUUCCUGGGGUACCCCAAGGAGCUGUUUGUACAUUUAUCCGUUUCUUGUACUCGUCUUGCUAUGAAGAAGAAGAUAUGAAGAAGUUUGUUCUCCAUUUGUUGGUUCUGUCGCAUUCUUUUGUUGUUCCUUUACUGAAACGAGUCUGUAUGCAGUAUCUGGAGAAUUUCUUUCUGAAUAAAGAAAAUGUAAUAGAUGUUCUCCAAUUAGCAAGGAAGUGUGAUGCACCCCGACUUUCCUUCAUAUGUAUCCGCAUAGUAGUAAAACACUUCAAAACUGUUGCAUCCACCGAAGGAUGGAAGGUCAUGAGGCGUGUUGAUCCUGCACUCGAACAGGAGCUUUUGGAGUCUGUUGUUGAAGCUGAUUCUAGAAAGGAGGAGAAGCUGCGUAAGAUGGAAGAGGAAAAGGUGUACUUGCAACUACACGCAGCAAUUGAAGCCUUGAUUCAUAUAUGUAAGGAUGGUUGUAGCACAAUUGGACCUCGAGAUAAAAUGCUUAAAGGAAGCCAAAUUGCUUGUGGGUUCCCGGCAUGUAAAGGGAUUGAAAUGCUAGUUCGUCAUUUCUUCAGUUGUAAGACUAGAAUUCCAGGCGGGUGUAGUCACUGCAAGCGUAUGUGGCAGCUUCUUGAACUUCAUUCUCGCAUGUGUGAUGUGCCUGAUUCUUGCAAUGUUCCUCUCUGUAGGCAUUUUAAGGAAAAGGUGAGACAACAAAGUAAGAAAGAUGAGGCAAAGUGGACAUUAUUGAUAAGAAAAGUGAUGGAAGCAAAAAACUUAUCAAAUCAUUUUCCAGCUCGGUUCUCAGGUUCAUUUAACCAUACCAACAGUCUCCAAGUAAAUUCAGAAAGAUUAUAUUUUUACGCCUCCGUAUUAUAGUGAGGCAGUCUGAUGUAUUUAACGACUUGGAGAAUAUCAAAAUCAUGAAAUUAGCAGCUAUUUCUCCAAACAAAAAGGGCAUAUAUAUUCGAAAUUUCGAAUGUAAAUAUAAGUAGAAGACCUAGCUUUUGGAAUUUACUGCCUAUAUUACGAACAUUGUUAUACCAUCGUGAAGAAUUACUUAUUCAUUAGCUUACAAACAUUGUUAUGCUGGUGACAGGAUUCUGUGUUAAAUGGAGAAUAAUUAGUCUCUUCUGUAAUUAUGUUGUCUUGUGUAUGUGACAACAUAUAGGAAACUGUAAUAAGCAUGUCACACAUCCUAUUGAUCAAUAUUCAAUACUAACAUUCAUUAUUGA